ACUGUGCUUGCCCAACCGAUAACCCGUCUUUACCAUCCUGACUACCCCGGGUAGAUCACGACAAAUCGAAACGUUGUCUAGUUGUUCGUCGUAGUCCACUUCCGCAAUCACAGCCAUCGUCAAUUCGAUUGCCUACCAUACUCGCGAACCAUCGCCACUCAACCACUCGGUCACCGACCACGCGAUCACCUAAUUAUCUGCCACCCAGCGAUCGGCCAUAAAAUCAUCCCUCGGAUGGGAAAUCAAUCCCCCCCGUCAUGAAUUUCAAUGGCGUGCCUAUCCACCAGCCGCCCGACUCGACGCUCGACGCCGUGAUGGGCGGUUUACCCUCCGACCAUUUUGCAAAGCUCGACCCCGAUACCUGCCGGAUAUGCCGUGGAGAGGGAUCCGCCGACGAGCCGCUCUUCUUCCCGUGCAAGUGCAGCGGGAGCAUCAAGUAUGUCCACCAGGACUGCCUGAUGGAGUGGCUGUCUCACUCGCAAAAGAAGCACUGCGAGCUGUGCAAGACGUCGUUUCGCUUCACCAAACUCUACGACCCCAACAUGCCCACGGGGCUCCCGGCCCACGUCUUCAUCAGCCACACGACCAAAUACGUGCUCCGCAAGCUGCUCGUCUGGAUGAGGGCCGCCCUGGUCGCCAAUGUCUGGCUGUGCUGGUUGCCGUAUAUCAUGCGGACCGUGUGGGCCUUUCUGUUCUGGAUCAGCGACGAGGGGCUGGGCGGCAGGCCCGCCUUCAUGGGCCCAGCCGGGGACGUGUUCGACCUCGCCGGAACGGUAUAUGGCACCGACGUCUGCCCGUCAAGUCCGCUCUUUGCCGCAACCACGACGGUCGCCACGAUUGGCGGCGUUAUCGAUAACCUCCCCCCAGCUUCGGCUAAGCUGGUCAAGGGUCUCUACGGCAUCAACCUGACCUCCAGUGAUCCCGUUUAUUCCACCAUCCUGCGGCUCCUCUUUGGCGGCGUGGGCCUGGCCGACAAGUCCGCGGCCAUCACCGCCGCGGCGGACGCGACCGCUUCUGCUCGUCUGCGGGACUCGGCGCCUCAAUCCCUGUUGGGCGGCGUCACCUUCCUUCGGAACCUUACCCGCCACCCGUCCAUCAACCGAUUCGUGAUCGACGUCCUCGAGGGCCAGAUCAUUACGAUUCUAGUCAUAGUCUGCUUCAUCCUCAUCAUCCUAGUUAGAGACUAUGUUGUGCAGCAGCAGCCCGAGAUCAACAUGCGCGCCGCCUUUGCCGCCGCCGAGAACCCGCCCCAGCCGGGCCCGGCAGAGCCAGGCCGCCCGCACCUUCAGCCCCACGUUCAGCCCCACGUCCAGCUCCAGGAUAUUCCUGAUAGGGCAGGAGAUGCCUCGGAUGAUUCCGCCAGCGAGACCGCCGAUGAGUUUGAGACGCGUCCCCAGCGAGAGGUUCCACAGGGAUUCGACCGGGCGACGGUGCACGAGUAUCUCAACGUCUACCGCGAGGCGGGCGGUGAUCCGGACCAUAUGAUGAGGAUCGCUCGCGAGCGAGGUCUAGAAGACAGACUGGACUACUGGUUGCAGCUCAUUGCCCGCCAACAGGAGAACAGAGGGCUUGACGAAAAUCAAGCUGGGCCUUCUAACCGUCCAGCUGCCAACCGGCCCCUCGCUAACGGCCGGCAGCGAAGGGCGUCUGCAGACGGGGCGGGCCCUGCGCGCCCCAUCGGCGUCAACCCCAUGAGGAGCGACCCUUGGACCUAUGAAGGAAACUUCCCACCUCUCCCCACGCAGCAAGGUCUCCCUACCCCACCCACGGAAAGGCCGCCUGCUUGGCCUGCUCUCGAGUCUCCAACCGAGGCAGCCAGGCCCCCGAGCCCGACGGCGUCCGCCGGGGACCAUCCGGCACCCUUGGAAGUUGAAACAGACACUGGGGACCGAGACCGAGCGCCCCUGGAGGUUGAGAUAGAACUAGGCCGGGUGCUCCCGCCCCCGCCACCCCCCGCACGACGGGCCCCCGCCGGCGUCGCUGGUCGGAUUGCCGACUUCAUGUGGCGCCGAGUGGACGCUAUCGAUGAGGCAGAUCUCGCUCCCGUCAACUUCCGAGGUGACUUUGCCGAAGACGACCCGGAGGAGGACGGCCACGGAAAUCCGCCGCCUAACCCGGCGGGACAAAACGCAGCCGCGGCCGAUCCGGCCGUCGCGGCAGCGCUAGAUGCCGAGGCACUCGAAGACGCCGAAGACCUCGAAGGCAUCCUAGAGCUCGUCGGCAUGCGCGGCCCCGUCGUCGGCCUGUUCCAAAACGCAAUCUUCUGCGCCUUUCUCGUCUCGAUCACCAUCUUCCUCGGUGUCUUCAUCCCCUACAAUACCGGCCGCGUCACCAUCUGGGCCCUUGCGAACCCCAUGCGCAUCGCGCGCAUCUUCUUUAGCCUCUCCAAGUUCGUCCAAGACUGCGCGUUGCUUGCCCUGGGGUUGGCAUCCUCGAUCCUGUCCGAUUUCGUCCACCUGGUGAGCCGCGCGCUGAUGCUGCCGUCCGUCGCCGAGCAUUCGAUGGGCGUCGCCAACACGUCGUGGACCACGGCCGUCGGCGCAGCCAAGCGAAUCGGCGGCAGCUUCGUGACCGAACUGCCCUUUGUAUCCGCCUCGGAGGUGCGCAACUUUUCCGCCAUCAGCCACGCCGCCCUCUUCACGCUCAAGGGCUACGUCGCUGCGGCCUUCUCCGGGAUUUGGCGUCUUCUCGACUUCGUUCUCGGCGGCGACUAUACCGCCAAGGGUGCAGCAGCCUCCGCCGUGGCCGUCAAGGUCUUGCCAGCUGUCUGGCAGUCUUUGGCGGCCUUCCCCGCCACCGUUGUUGACCCGAACUCUUGGGUCCUCAACCUGAAUCUGCCCGCGGCUACGGUCGCCAUCGACACCGAACUCGCGUACUGGGGUGGGACCGACCGGUUCUGGGCCAUCCUCGCCGGCUACGUCGCCACGUCUAUGAUGGCCGCCCUCUACCUGCGCCGCGGCACGCCCUUCUCCACCAACCAGGCUGCACAGCAGUGGGAAACGGUCCUCAUGGACGUGCUCAACCAGGCCAGCGGAGUCAUGAAGGUCCUCCUGAUCAUCAGCAUCGAGAUGCUCGUCUUCCCGCUCUACUGCGGCAUGCUGCUCGACGUCGCCUUGCUCCCGCUCUUCGAGCACACGACCUUCAAGUCUCGGCUCAUGUUCACGAUCAACUACCCGGUCACGUCCAUCUUUGUGCACUGGUUCAUCGGCACCGGGUAUAUGUUCCACUUUGCGCUGUUCGUGUCCAUGUGCCGCAAGAUCAUGCGCAAGGGCGUGCUCUACUUUAUCCGCGACCCGGACGACCCGGACUUCCACCCGAUCCGAGACGUGCUGGAGCGCAGCGUAACGACACAGCUGCGCAAGAUCUUGUUCUCGGCCUUUGUCUACGGCGCCCUGGUCAUCGUGUGUCUCGGUGGCGUGGUCUGGGGGUUGUCCCUGUCACUCCCCGUGUUACCGAUCCACAACUCGUCUAACGAGCCGGUGCUCGAGUUCCCAAUCGACCUGUUGUUCUACAAUUUCCUCAUGCCGUUUGCCAUCAGCUUCUUCAAGCCGAGCCACUGGCUGCAUGCCAUGUACAGGUGGUGGUUCCGCCGCUGUGCCCGUGCCCUGCGCAUCACCUGGUUCCUCUUUGGCGAGCGGCGCCUCGACGAGGAGGGCUGGCUCGCCCUCGCCCCCAACUCGCCCGACCGCAAGCUUCCUGCCUGGAGGCAGUGGUUCCUCGAGGUGGAUGCCGGCGGCCGCGUUGUGGCGAGGUCGUGGCGCGGCAUCCUGGAAGGCGGCGCGACCAAGCGUCCUGCUAUCAGGACGGAGCACAUGACGUCGUACAACACCAAGAAGGAGGCCCUAGUGUUCACCGGCCAGCUCAUCCCGGACGGGCGGUUCGUCCGGACGCCGGCUUCCGACCAGGUCAAGAUACCCAAGGGAACCGGCGUGUUCAUCGAUGUGAACGAGGACAACACGAGACGAGACAAGUUAGCAGACCAGCCCGAGACCGACAUCUACUCGACCGAGCAGUACCAGUUCGUCUAUUUGCCUCCCGACUUUGGCCUUCGCAUCUUCCUCUUCAUCCUGUUCAUCUGGAUCUUUGCCGCUGCUACGGGUGUCAGCAUCACCAUCCUUCCGCUCGUGUUCGGGAGGUGGAUGUUCAGCCAGCUGAUCCCGGCUCACGUCCGCGCCAACGACAUCUACGCAUUCAGCAUCGGCAUCCACGUCCUCGGCUCGGCAGUGUAUGCGCUCCUCCGCGCUCCAGCGGCCUACCAGGCGGCCAGGGCAUACGUCGAGGCUGCUGUUGCCGCCGAUGGCGCACACGGCAUGUUCCGGCGGAUGCGGGGUAUUGUCGCUCGCGCCGCCCGGGUCCUGUACGCCUAUUUCUUCGUCCUCGUGGUGGCCCCGUUGCUUGUGGCGUCGUUGAUGGAGCUGUAUGCUCUAGUGCCCCUCAACGAGCUCAUGUACGGCACCGUGCUCAAGCCGGAUUUCGCCAAGGCCCUCGCCGCCGGCACCGCCAAGCCGGCGGCUCCGGUACACACGGUCCCGGUCGUCCAGACUUGGACCAUCGGCCUACUCUACCUCAAGCUGUCUAUGCGCAUCACCAACACCUGGUUCCGGGGCUCGCGGGUGUCCAACGCCGCGAGGGCGGUCCUGCGUCGUGGGUGGCUGGAUCCCGACGCCGCCAUCCUCACCCGGGCUUUCGUCGUCCCCAGCUUGUCGAUAUGGCUGGCCGCCGUGGUCACCCCUCUUCUGGUCGCCAGAUUCGCUGUCGCCGACGGGUUUGCCGACGCCGUCAUGAGAGAACACGGCAUGGUGCCGGCCCACGGCCCGCCCGACCGAGCACUGUACGAGGCGUGCGUGGUGCUCAUCUACCGCAUGAGCUUCCCCAUGGUGGCUCUCGCCAUCCUCAGCGGCUUCGCCCUGUGGAGCACCGUCGGCGUGUGCCGCAGAUGGCAGGUGCGCAUCCGCGACGAGGCCUAUCUGAUCGGCGAGCGGCUCCACAACUUUGGCGCAACAAAUGCGCCGAGGCCCCGAGGCGCGUGGAGAGCCACGGGGGUGAGGGCAUGAUGUGAUACCGGGUGUGAUAUCCGCUGCCGUGGUUACGGAUUUUAUUUUUAGG